ACUGGGCUUAACCUCUCAUCUAUAAAUAGCCAUGAUAUAAACAAUACAUAAAUAACAAUAUAUAUAUAAAUACAAACAUACUGAUUCAGUCAUAACAGGAAAAACUGUUAGAUCAAACAGGUACAAUAGUACGGAUAUUAUAUUUUGAACAGAUGGCUUCAAAGAUUAAAAAAGAAGAUGUACAGCUGCCAAAACACUUUAAGAAAUCUCUGGCAUUUGUAUUAUACAACGUUUUCACGAAAGAGGAAUGUGAAGAAUACAUAAAUAUCGCAGAGAAAAAAGGUUUUGAAGAGGCACUUCUUAAUGCUGGAGGAGAUAGACAAGUAUUAGCCACAGAUGUAAGAAAGAGUUCAAGAUGCAUAUGGGAUACCACUGAAGAGGUUGAUAAGAUGUGGAAAAGAAUAAAAAAAUAUAUUCCUGAUGUAUGGUGUCACAGAGAGGUGAUGGGAUUGAAUGAAAGAUUAAGAAUUCUUAGAUAUGAUCCAGGCGAAUAUUUCAAACCUCAUUAUGAUGGCUCGUAUAAACGGGAUAAUGGAGAGAGAAGUUAUGUGACUGUCCAGAUCUAUCUGAACGAGGGGUUUAAAGGUGGAAGUACAACAUUUUUAGGAGUUAAUUCAGAUGAACGAGUUGAAGUUGUACCAAAAACAGGCUCCGUACUGGUUUUUGAACAUCCUAUACUUCAUGAAGGAUCCGAACUUAUUGCUGGAAGAAAAUAUACAAUAAGGACAGAUGUAAUGUAUUCAUCUGAAAUAACAGAAGCUUCAACAACUGAUAAAACUAAAAAAAAGUCGAAUUUUCUUAGUAAACUAUUUGGGUGAUUUUUAUACGACCGCAAAAAAAUUUUUGUGGUCGUAUAUUGGUAUGACGUUGGCGUCGUCGUCGUCGUCCGGCGUCGUCGUCCGAAGACGCAUUAGUUUUCGCACUCUAACUUUAGUUUAAGUGAAUGGAUCUCUAUGAUAUUUUACCAUAAGGUUCAAUACCACAAAAGGAAGGUGGGGAUUGAUUUUGGGGGUUAUGGUACCAACAGUUAAGGAAUUAGGGGCCAAAAAUAAGCAUUUUCUAGUUUCCAGACAAUAACUGUGGAACGGUGUAUGGAUCUCUCUGAAAUUAUACUACAAGUUUCCAUACCACAAAGGGAUGGUUAGGAUUUGCUUUGGGGGGUUAUUGCUCAAACCGUUUAAGAAUUAGGGGCAAAAAAGGGGGAAAAACAAGGUUGUCCUCAUUAAUGGACAAAUACUUUAGUACAAAACAUAAUUUAAAGCAGUGUAAGGGAGAUAAAUCAAAUACAUCAUUGAAAUUAUCUCCCUUACACUGCUUUUAAAUUAUGUAUAAAGUAAUGGUUAAUGAACAAUUAGGAUAAUUUAAAACAGUGUAAGGGAGGUAAUCCAAAUACAACGUUUUGGUUACUUCCCUUACACUGCUUUUAAAUUAUGUUUAAAGAAAUGCAUAUUUAUAAAGGAAGACCAGUAUGGCGCAUUAGAUUUGUAAAAUCUUUGACCACAUUUAUUUAUUUGUUAUGCCGAAUCUAACCGUGUAUUUAGAUUUUUAAUUUUGGGUCCAGUUUUCAAAUUGGUCUACAUUAAGGUCCAAAGGGUCCAAAAUUAAACUUUGUUUGAUUUUAACAAAAAUUUAAUAUAUGGGGUUCUUUGAUAUGCUGAAUCUAAACAUGUAUUUAGAUUUUUGAUUUUUGGCCCAGUUUUCAAGUUGGUCCAAAUUGGGGUCCAAAAUUAAACUUUAUUUGAUUUCAACAAAAAUUGAAUAUAUGCGGUUCUUUGAUAUGCUGAAUCUAACCAUGUAUUUAGAUUUUUUAUUUGUGGACCCCGUUAUCAACUUUGUCCACAUUGAGGUCAAAAGGGUCCAAAAUUAAACUUUGUUUGAUUUCAUCAAAAAUUGAAUUAUUGGGGUUCUUUGAUAUGCCGAAUCUAACCGUGUAUUUAGAUUCUUAAUUUUUGGUUCCGUUUUCAAAUUGGUCUACAUUAAGGUCCAAAGGGUCCAAAAUUAAACUUAGUUUGAUUUUAACAAAAAUUGAAUUCUUAGGGUUCUUUGAUAUGCUGAAUCUAAACAUGUUUUUAGAUUUUUGAUUAUGGGCCCAGUUUUCAAGUUGGUCCAAAUCGGGGUCCAAAAUUAAACUUUGUUUGAUUUCAACAAAAAUUGAAUAUAUGGGGUUCUUUGAUAUGCUGAAUCUAACCAUGUAUUUAUAUUUUUGAUUUUUGGGCCCCGUUAUCAACUUUGUCCACAUUGAGGUCAAAAGGGUCCAAAAUUAAACUUUGUUUGAUUUCAUCAAAAAUUGAAUUCUUGGGGUUCUUUGAUAUGCUGAAUCUAACCAUGUAUUUAGAUUUUGGAUAUUGGACCAUAAUAGGUGAAUGUCCAAUUUAAAAUUUUUAAGUUCUUAGACCACAUUCAAUCUGUGUUAGAAACCUAUGCUGUGUCAAAUAUUUAAUCACAAUCCAAAUCCAAAGCUGUAUCAAGCUUGAAUGUUGUGUCCAUACUUCCCCCAACUGUUCAGGGUUCGACCUCUGCGGUCGUAUCAAGCUGCGCCCUGCGGAGCAUUUUAUUAGGUAAUAGAUCUCUAUGAAUUUUUACCAGAAGGUUCAAUACCACGAAAGGAAGGUUGGGAUUGAUUUUGGGGGUGAUGGUACUAACAGUUUAUGAAUUACUGGCCAAAGAGGGGCCAAAAACAAGCAUUUUUGUAGUUUCCGGACAAUAAUUUGUGUUUUUAAGUGUAUGGAUCUCUCUAAAAUUGUACUACAAGGUUCCAUAUCAUUAAAAGAAGGCUGGGAUUGAGUUUGGAGGUAAUUAUUCCAAAAAAAGGGGG